GCCGAUGGUUUUGACGGAGGAAAGCAGUCUAGAACCACUGCGUUAUACUGUCCGGCAGGUGGUAAAGCCGGAAGAUCAAGUGGUUGUCCUUGUUUUCUUUAAUUCUGGCGAUCUGCAACAAUCACCAGUUAUGUCCAGUUGUUGUAUUGUAACUGAUGGCAGGAAACAUCAGCCAAGUGAAAGGGAAAGAUACAUUGCAAUUCUAAGAGAGGAAAUCAGUCAGCGUACUAAAAACUAUAUGAGGAUCUUUAGACCUUUUUAUAAGGAAUGCAAAAAUAUGAGGGUGAAGUUUAUGGUAAAGAUUGUCUUUGGAUCAGCGAUUGAUGCGAUUAUUUCAGAAGAGAGAAACAAUACAGGCGCAACUUCGGUUCUUAUAGGAAGGAGUUUUGCGAUGCAGCAUGCACAAUGGGCAAAUCAAAGAAGCUGCAGAUCAUCAUCAGAGAGAGAUGAUGCAGAAAUAAUUGUGUGCAAUUGCAAGCCUUCACGAGAUGUUCCCGAAUCAUCAAGAGCCCAAAUUGCAGCUAAUUUAACUAAAAAAAUGUCAAAGAUCAAGAAGAAACCCUUGUCCCAUGAUGAGCAAAAACCAAUAUAUUGCACCCUCCCAAAUUUUGAAGGAAUUUAUGGCCCUUCUUCGAGUUCUCCAAGCGUCGAAAGUACAAACGAUUCUGAAGGUGUAGAAAAUAUUAAAGACCAAAUAACAUCUACAUCAUUCCAUGAAAAUGGAUUUUUGGUUGAACUAAGUUGGGAAGAUAUCUCUGAGAUAACGGAGCGGUUUAAGGACAUAAUUCAAUUCGAUUCGAGGGAGUGUUUUCAAAUGUUUCGUGGGCGUCUUGAAGAUCGUUCUCUUGUUUUCGUGAAGAGAUACAUUGGUACCGAGUGUCGAUACGUUCUUGAAGCCGAAAAGAAGGCAGCUUUAACUAUGUCCCAUAAGAACGUUCUUGGAUUAUAUGGUUACCACAUGAAUGAGAAUGCCAUGGCCUUGGUUUUUUCUUGUACUUCUAGAGCUGGAGGUGCACUAUUGAACAGAUUCUUAAAUGGAUCUUGGAAAGAGUUGGAAAAUCUAUUUGAAAAUAAGAUGAAAAUAGCGAUUGGAAUAGCUCAAGGUUUACGUUACAUGCACGAACAAUAUCCACAAGGGCUUGUUGUUCAUCGUGAUCUACGACCAUGCAGCGUCCUUUUAGGAAACAACUUAGUACCUCAGAUCACGGGCUUUGGUCAUGCAAAAUGGUUGACAUUAGAUAAAUCAUCGCUUACCAGGAAUAGUUGCGGGCACAUGCAUCCUUCUGAUCCGAGUUCAUUAGCAUUGAUAAAGUCAGAUAUUCUUGCAUUUGGGAUAUUGCUAUUGAGGUUGUUUUGCAAAAGAUCAGCUCCAAGGGAUGAUAAUUCUUUCGUUACAUGGGCAAGAUGCUUACUAGCUCAGCGAGCUUAUCAUAUGUUAUAUGAUGAAUCCGAGUAUGAUGUUCAUGGGCUACUUGUGGUGACAUCAGUUGCUGCUCGAUGCAUUAGCACCAGACCAAAUUCAAGGCCAUGCAUGAGCAAGGUACUUUCAUGUCUAAAAGGAGAGCUUAGUUGCGCUGAGCAAACAUUUCCAUCAACUGAAAGCAGUCCAAACCUGGCCUCAACUCCAGACUUAAAUCCAUGGGAUUUGUAAAAAGCUACACGAAAUGUUGCGAUUUAACUCGACAGCCCAUAUUUCAGUACAAACACACCCAGUUAGUUAGGUUCAUAAAUAUAUGCAGGAACUGUGGAUAUAACUUACUUCCCCCUUGUGAUAUGUUUCACAAUUUAACUAUGGAUCGAGCAAAACGAUUAAAUAAACGAUGUGAUCAUCGAGAUGAGUACGUUGCUAUUGAAA